AGAAGCUGAAAUCAAUUCAGUCUGUUAGUGUUAAAGUUCAUUCAGAAGAAACCAAGCUAAAUUUUUAAGUUUACUUUUUUUCAGAAAAAUGUUUUGUUUGUGUAGAUCAAUAUGUCGGACGCCAAGAUUUAGGUUUCAGUUUGUACGCUCAGUAUCCAACCUCAGUACUCAACCAGACUGUGAGUCUACUGCAUUGAACAUGUACUAUUAUGACUGGAACCCACCGCUACUGGAGUUUAUCAGUAACCAUAAACUAAAAUCUAUAGACCUUGAACCAGACCUAGCUCAGCUCUCAAACCCGGAGCUAGUUCAGUAUUUUGUUCAGAUCUCUGCAAACAACGGGUUAAGAGAUACAUUUGGAGAUGUAUCCAUGCUUACUGCUGAACUGGAGAGGAGAGUACAAUUCUUUAGUUUUGAAAACCUGGUAGAGUGUGUUAAAGGGCUAACUGCGUGGCCCGAGGCUCCCAGGAAGAAAAGUUUACUGUACCGAGUUCCUAAUAAACUUGAAUUCAAUAUCAGACGGAUCUAUGAUUUAUUGAUAGGAGAGUGCAAUAGAAGAAUGUGGAUGAAGAAUUGUAGUCCUGAAUACUAUAUGUCAACUACAUAUUCAAAUCUAGAUAAAAUACUGGAAUUGUGUGAAGUGUGGAACACUAUAGAUCUAAUUAAUACGUUUAAUGCUCAGUCGUUCAGUGUUCUGACGAUAAACAAGAUCGGGAACUCCGAGAGGAAUUCUAAUUCAAGGUUUAGAAGAUUUGACAAGGAUACCUUCGUUAGGUUUAUGAAGUUGGUUGGAAACUCACAACUUGGUGAUGGGUUUCAUAAGUACUACUGUACAAUCAAGUUCCUUGAUCAUUUACCAAAUAUGAACCUUAAAGAGAUUACUUCAGUAACUCAGGCCUUUGUGAAACAAAAGUUUUUCGGGACACGAGACCAUCCGGUAGAGAUUAAACUAAGGAGAGAUUUAAUCCGUGUUCUCCUGGAUAAUCUGGAGAACUUGGAGUCAGAUACUCUAAGUAUUGUCUCAGCCUUUAUAUCUCCCGUAGGUUCAAGGCAUCUGGUUGAGGACUGUUUACUCCUACAGGAUAGUAUUUAUGAAUCUGGAAGCAUGUCAAGGUUGGAGAUUAGUUCACUGAUAAACCUGGCAACAACCUCAUCCAGGGUCGGAGUUCAUGCUGUUCAUAAACCCUUUCUAGACGAGAUAGUGCAAUAUCUCUGCUCAGUAACAGAUAAAAAGCUUCUCAGUAUACCAUUUCCUGUUAUAAGUGAAUUGGCGUUAACGCUAGGAUUGCAAAGAGAUACUCCUAAGGGACGAUAUAUCCUUACAAGAAUCAGGGAUUUGAUUAUUGAGCAGAAACCAGAAAAUCUACAGAAGAAGGAAGCUGUUGUCUUCCUUCUUUCCCUCUCCUUCCUUCAACUAUACAGCUCCAGGGCCUGUGACUUGCUCUUCUCAAGUCCUCAACUAACCGUAGAGAAAGACGGGUUAAGAAGUAUGCAUCGUGGGAUCAGGUUUAGAAAGAAGAUUGGAGCUCUUAACCUUGGAGGAAAUCUACUCUCUCUCCAGGGUAUGAUGGAACUAGAGUAUCCUGAAUAUCCAGGUUCUAAAAUAACUGCGGAACUGGAUGAGACAGUUAAGUGUUGGCUUCCUCUCCCUCUCCCAACUGAGGCAACUUUGGAAACCUUGGAUAAGAAAUAUGUGAAGAACGGAAUAAAGAUUUUCACUGCCAUCGAGGAUUUUGUUGGAAAAGGAAAAGUUUCUGAAACUUGUGUUUUUCCUUUCUUUGGUUGUAUUUCCUACGUUAUAUACCUGAACCAAGCAGGAGAACCUCAACCUGUUCCCUCCCAGCUCAUGCAGCAACCAAUAUGCCAGACGAAACGAGUUAGCUGUGAUACAGGAACAUGGUUAAUGAUAACAGCAUUGAAUGGAGAGCGGGAUACUGGCUUAGGGGUUCGGACUGGUGGGUUUCCAGUUUUGCUCCGGGUUGGUAGAAAACUAGGGUUUACUCCUGUUCUCCUGGAUGGUUUUAAAAUUGAGGAUCUGGACGAAGAAAAAUUUAGUAUCUAUAUCAAGAAUUUGCUAGAACAGAAUUCAAAUAUUAAAUGCAGACGUAAUUUCAAAUAACCUUGCAUUUAAAGAGUGGCAUGUAAACAACGGUACUCUUUAGACCUAUUAUAAUUUCUGAUAAUGGA